UCUUUGUAGUGAUACUAGAUUAGAAAAUGGGUGGAACAUCUCCUUGUGCUUCUUGCAAACUUCUAAGAAGGCGAUGCGCCAAAGACUGCAUCUUUGCGCCCUUUUUUCCUUCGGAUGAUCCUCAUAAGUUCGCCAUUGUUCAUAAAGUCUUUGGUGCUAGCAACGUGAGCAAGAUGUUGCAGGAGCUCCCGGUGCAUCAAAGAGCAGAUGCAGUGAGCAGCCUCGUCUACGAAGCAAACGCUCGGAUGAGAGAUCCAGUUUAUGGUUGCGUCGGCGCAAUCUCUUUCCUCCAAAACCAAGUAUCUCAACUUCAAAUGCAGCUUGCAGUGGCUCAAGCAGAGAUUUUAUGCAUUCAAAUGCAGCAAGACCCUCCAUUGAGCACUCACGAUCACCAGCAAAUGCUAGAGCCUGAUGAUAAAUUCCUUAUGCACAAUAAUAAUCUUGGUUCUGUGCCUCAGUUCAUUAAUUUUCCUUCAUCUAGCAAUGUAGCUCAAGAGCCUCUCAAGAGAGAGUCUCUUUGGACAUAA